AUGUUCCCAUUCAGGCCAGCGAAUCCGUUGCGGAGCUAUUUCCGCUCCACUGUGUUUCCAACGCGAGCCUACAAUUCAUUGCGCAGUUCAUUCAAGUCCAUGAGAUUCAACUCCUCCACCACUCACAAUGUCCCACCUCCAAAAGGCAAAAAACCACAAGGUAUCAAAGCAUUGAUGAAGGAGUAUGGAUACCCUGCCUUGGCCGUGUACUUGGGUCUCUCAAUGAUUGACUUGCCAAUCUGUUAUGUGCUUGUGCAUUCAAUGGGACAAGAAAAGAUCCAGUACUAUGAAAACAAGGUCAAGCAGACUUUCGGGUAUGGAGUUAGUGAUGCUGAAUUGAAACACCAACAGGAAGUGCAAAAGAUUGAAGCGCGUAUGGACGAAGAUGACAAUGCAAUAGAGCAGAACGGCAACGGUGAUCAAAGCGUAAUUCAGUUUGUAUUGAGUCAAUUCUCAUGGACUGAGUUUGCCAUUGCAUAUGGCUUGCACAAGAGCUUGAUUUUUAUCAGGUUGCCCAUUACUGCUGCAAUUACUCCCGGAAUUGUCAAGUUGUUACGAGGCUGGGGUUUUAGAAUUGGUACUGAUAAGUUGAGUACUACUGCUAACUUGGCUAAAGAUUUAGCCAAGAGCGGAUACAAGGAUAUCACUGCUAGUAGUGGUAAAUUUGGUACCAGGCCAGGAAAGAGAAAGUGGUGGUGGUUCUUUUAG